CUGAUAGUGAAGGCAACCAACCUUCUGACAAAAAGAUUAAACAAGAUAGUACAGGAAGUGUGAAGUCUGUGAAGGUGGGACUAAAGGGAAAGAAAGCGCCCGGCUCAAGUAAAACACAGCCAAAGAAAACCGCAACAGAUAAGGCAUCACCUUCUGCAGUAUAUUCACACUGGUUAGUAAAGUCUGAGCCGGGAUCUAGAUAUGAAAAAGGAAUUGAUAUGAAGUUCAGUUUUGAUGAUCUGAAAGUUUCACCAGACCAGACAGCUUGUUGGGAUGGAGUCCGAAACUAUCAGGCACGCAACUUUCUUAGAGACCAGAUGAAGCUGGACCAUGCAGACUUCUUCUAUCACAGCAAUUGCAAGGAUCCAGGAAUUGUGGGCAUCUGUAAGGUCGUAAAAGAAAGUUAUCCUGACCACACACAGUUCAAUUCCAAGGAUCCUCAUUUUGACAGCUCUUCAAAAGAAGACAAUCCUAGAUGGUUUAUGGUGGACGUGAAGUAUGUACGGCCAUUGAAAAGAUUCAUAUCUUUGGCUGAGUUAAAGAAAAUCCACCAAGAACAUGCGAAGAAUGGGGGUCCACUACAGAAUAUGGCCUUGUUUACCAGGGCAAGGCUCUCUGUGCAACCACUGACUCAAGAAGAAUGGGAUUUCAUCCUACAUCUGGAAGACGAGGACACUUAG